AUGGAUGGUAAUAAAGGAAAUUUGAAAGUAGCACCAGUGACAGUGAAGCUGAGGAGUAAUACUAGGUUAUCGUGGUAUACCAUGAGCAAGGAAAAGAGUAUGUUUGUGGAUGGACAUAUAAUUAAAGUUAGGCAGAUGGACUGUGUGAAAGAGGAUAUGUUUAUUACAAGUACACACUCUGAACUUUUAGUGAAGGCUGUGUGUACCAAGAUGAUGGUUGUGAAAGUUUUGUUGUGCCAACCCCACUUAGCGUGGGAUAAAGACAAUAUGAAGAUA